GGAAAGCACAGCUAGCGUUUUAUUGCGCUGUAGCAGAAAAAGACAAGGGAACACAGCUGCUGUUAAACAAAGAAAGACAGAAAUAAAGGCAACAUAAAGAACUGGAACAACCAGAGAAGAAAUAUAAAAAGCCCUUAACAUGUCUGAAAACACAGAUGCCCUCUACAGUCCCUCAGAGUUGAGGCUGGUGCUGGUUGGAAAGACUGGAGUUGGAAAGAGUGCAGCAGGAAACGCCAUCCUGGGAAAAAAACAGUUUAAAUCUUCAUUCAGCGACUCCUCAGUAACAAAGUACUGUGCGAGGGGAGAAGAAGUUGUUGCAGGGAGAUGUGUUGUUGUGGUCGACACUCCAGGCUUGUUUGACACAAAGCCUGAGGAGUUUCUUAACAACGCUGACAAGGACCUCAAGCAGCUGGUAGAGUCGUGUGGGAACAGGUUUCAUGCAAUCAAUGGAAGAGACCUAAUGGAUCAAAAGCAGGCCAAAGAACUUCUGGAGAAAGUAGAUGAAAUGGUGAAAAGAAAUGGUGGAUGCUUCUCCAAUGAUUUGUACGAGCUAGAGGAGAAAAGAAGGGCAGAUGAAGCGAGGCACCAGAAGGAAAUUGAAGAGCUUAGGAAGAAGAAUGAAGAGGAAGUGGAAAAGGCAAAACAGGCGAAUGUAGCAAUGGAGAUAAUAGCAAAGAUGCAGGAGGCGCAUAUGAAGCUAAUCGCCAUGUUGAUGGAACACAUGAAUAAGAUAAACGAAGAUCAUAUGGAAUUUAUGACAGCACAGCUCAAUAACUCACAGGCAAAGGAAUGCAACUGCUGUGUAUCAUAGUGUAGUGGAUUUCCCUCAAUACGUUCUUGUGCCAUGUUUCCAUGUGUGACAGGAGUGUAAAUGCAUUGUUUAAUUAUACUUUUAUAUUUUGUGAUUUGGGGGUGCGGCUUUGAAAAGUACAUAACCAGCAAUAGCUUUAUUAUAAUGUGGGAAGCUGUUUGAAGUGAAAUACAAUAAAAGGCUGAAAAA